AGCAUUAUGGGGUUGCAAUGGCUGCUCCCUUGUCUGUAAACAAACGCGUUGCGCACACGAAAGCCGCCAUUUAAUUUUGUUUCUAGGGCAACAUAGAGCCGCAUUUUCCGCACUCCGGUUUCGUCUUAUAGUCUACAUUUUUUACGUUCAUGUGAGACUUUUUGCGUUUCUGACUGAAAGAAACAGGCGGCAGUUUUCCGCAGUCUGUCUCCUGAAGACGGACUAGCUCACAGGCUAACAACGCUAGCUGCUGACAUCAAGAAAUAAUGGAUGACGAUGUGUCCAUGCAUAGACUGGAAGGAUCAGAUCCAACCGCUCAAGUUGGUGGACUGAUUGUAAAAAAGAAGAGUGCAGCUGCAGAGGCUCACGUCUUCCGGGCACCGACACCACGCACGUCUCUGCUAGGAUUGGAUCUUCUGGCUGCUCAGAAGAGGAAGGAGCGUGAAAAUAAAGAGCAAGCAGACGUGGGUGAUGAGGACAGAAGCAGAAAGAAGUCAAAGAUCUCUUCUUACAAGGACUGGGAGGAGGGCAAGAGUGACUCUGGGUCUGAUGAUGAUGAAGAUGAUGAUGAUAAGGACAAAGAUACUAAAAAGGAGAGCAGGAAGUACCGAGUGACAGGAUCUGAAACGCCCUCCAACCCCGGAGGUGUGAGUGAAGAGUUCAGACGCAGACACCAGCAGAGAGAGAAAGACAGACGUGAACAUGGCGUCUACGCAUCUUCCAAGGAAGACAGGAACAAAGACAGAGAAGCAGAAAGAAGCAGAGAUAAAGGGAGAGACCGACGCAGCGACAGAGAUGAACGUGACAGCGGCCGCGGCAGCAGCAGUCGGUCGGAGCGUGGGGAUCGCAGUGAGAGAAGUGAGCGCUCACAGAGAGAGGGCUCGUCUGAUCGGAUCAGCCGGGGUACUAAGAGAGACGAACCCCAGACACCACAGCAUCGUCCCAGAGAUGGUUUUACACCUUCACGCUCCAAUUGGGAGGAGGAUGAAAGUGGCUAUGCCAGUACGAGGCAUUCCCAGUGGGAGUCUCCGUCGCCUUCCCCGUCUCACAGAGAAUCAGAUCGCUCCGAGAGAAGCCAUCGCUCCGGCAGAGAGAGUGAGAGAAAGGACAGGUCAGUCAGAGGUCGUUACUCCGACGAUACACCCCUUCCCACCCCGUCCUACAAGUACAAUGAGUGGGCCAAUGACCGGAAGCACUUAGGCUCGACGCCUCGUUUAUCACAAGGAAAAGUGAGGAAAGAUGGUGAAGGAGGAUUCAUGUUUGAUAAUGAAGACGAAAAAGAACAGUGGGAGGAGGACCAGAAACAAGCUGACAGAGAUUGGUAUAUGAUGGAUGAAGGCUAUGACGAGUUCCACAACCCUUUCACUUCCACCUCUGACGAAUAUGUAAAGAAGAGAGAGCAGAUCCUCCAGAAACAGACUCAGAAAAGAAUAUCUGCACAGAAGCGACAGAUCAAUGAGGAUAAUGAACGGUGGGAGACAAACCGCAUGCUGACCAGCGGGGUUGUACAAAGGCUGGAGGUGGAUGACGACUUUGAAGAGGACAACGCUGCGAAGGUUCACCUUCUGGUUCAUAACCUGGUUCCUCCCUUUCUGGAUGGGAGAAUAGUCUUCACCAAACAGCCAGAGCCGAUCAUUCCCGUGAAAGACGCCACCUCCGACAUGGCCAUCAUUUCUCGUAAGGGCAGCCAGCUUGUUCGUAAACAUCGGGAGCAGAAAGAACGUAAGAAGGCGCAGCACAAACACUGGGAGCUGGCUGGCACCAAGCUGGGGGACAUCAUGGGUAUCAAGAAGACAGAAGAAGAAGACAAGCCAGGCGGCCAAACAGUGGGCGAGGACGGCAAAGUAGACUACAGAGCAGAGCAAAAAUUUGCAGAUCACAUGAAAGAGAAGUCUGAGGCCAGCAGCGAGUUUGCUAAGAAGAAGAGCAUUCUGGAGCAGAGGCAGUACCUGCCUAUAUUCGCAGUCAGACAGCAACUUCUCAACAUCAUCAGGGACAACAGCAUUGUGAUCGUUGUUGGGGAGACGGGCAGUGGGAAGACCACCCAGCUGACCCAGUACCUGCACGAGGACGGCUACACCAGCUACGGCAUGGUGGGAUGCACUCAGCCUCGAAGAGUGGCGGCCAUGAGCGUGGCCAAGAGAGUCAGUGAGGAGAUCGGCACCAACCUUGGAGAGGAGGUCGGUUAUGCAAUCCGAUUCGAGGACUGCACAUCUGAGAAAACUCUGAUCAAAUACAUGACAGACGGGAUUCUGCUCCGAGAGUCGCUGAGGGAGUCGGACCUGGACCACUACAGUGCUGUGAUCAUGGACGAGGCUCACGAACGCUCCCUCAAUACAGAUGUGCUGUUCGGCCUGCUGCGCGAGGUCGUAUCUCGACGCACUGACCUGAAGCUCAUAGUUACUUCUGCAACUAUGGAUUCAGACAAAUUUGCGGCAUUUUUCGGCAAUGUGCCCAUAUUCAAUAUCCCAGGAAGAACCUUUCCAGUGGACAUCUUGUUUAGCAAGACGCCUCAGGAGGAUUACGUGGAGGCGGCUGUGAAACAGGCUCUGCAGAUCCACCUCAGUGGACUGAUAGGAGACAUCCUCAUCUUCAUGCCCGGACAGGAGGACAUUGAGGUGACUUCGGAUCAGAUUGUGGAGCGUCUGGAGGAUUUGGAGAACGCUCCUCCGCUGGCUGUGCUGCCCAUCUACUCUCAACUGCCCUCUGACCUGCAGGCCAAGAUUUUCCAGAAGGCUCCAGAUGGGGUGAGGAAAUGCAUCGUUGCUACUAAUAUUGCGGAGACUUCCCUCACUGUGGAUGGAAUCAUGUUUGUUGUUGAUGCCGGAUACUGCAAGCUUAAGGUGUUCAACCCUCGCAUUGGAAUGGAUGCUCUUCAGGUUUAUCCCAUCAGUCAGGCCAAUGCUAACCAGCGUGCAGGUCGCGCAGGACGUACAGGACCAGGCCAGUGUUACAGACUGUACACACAGAGUGCGUAUAAGAACGAGAUGCUGACCACCACCAUCCCAGAGAUCCAGAGGACCAACUUGGCCAAUGUUGUUCUUCUGCUGAAGUCUUUGGGGGUGCAGGACCUGCUCCUCUUCCACUUCAUGGAUCCACCACCCGAGGACAACAUGCUGAACUCCAUGUACCAGCUGUGGAUCCUGGGAGCGCUGGACAACACAGGAGCUCUGACGCCAACGGGGCGGCUGAUGGUGGAGUUCCCUCUCGACCCGGCCCUCUCCAAGAUGCUGAUCGUGUCCUGUGACAUGGGCUGCAGUGCAGACAUCCUCAUCAUCGUCUCCAUGUUGUCUGUGCCAGCCAUCUUUUACAGGCCUAAGGGUCGUGAGGAGGAGAGUGACCAAGUAAGGGAGAAGUUUUCAGUCCCAGAGAGUGACCACCUCACGUUCCUGAAUGUCUACAUGCAAUGGAAGAACAACAACUACUCCAGCAUCUGGUGCAACGACCACUUCAUCCACACCAAGGCCAUGCGCAAGGUGCGCGAGGUGCGCUCCCAGCUGAAGGACAUCAUGGUGCAGCAGAGGAUGAACCUGGUCUCCUGCGGGUCGGACUGGGACAUCAUCAGGAAAUGCAUCUGCGCCGCUUACUUCCACCAGGCCGCCAAGCUCAAGGGCAUUGGCGAAUAUGUGAACGUGAGGACAGGCAUGCCGUGCCACCUCCAUCCCACCAGCUCCCUGUUCGGGAUGGGAUACACUCCCGACUACAUCAUCUACCACGAGCUCGUCAUGACCACCAAGGAGUACAUGCAGUGCGUGACGGCAGUGGACGGAGAGUGGCUGGCAGAGCUUGGGCCGAUGUUUUACAGCGUCAAACAAGCUGGGAAAAGCAGACAGGAGAACCGUCGCCGGGCUAAGGCGGAGAUCAACAACAUGGAGGAGGAGAUGGCCCUGGCCGAGGAGCAGCUGCGAGCCCGCCGGGAGGAGCAGGAGAAGAAGAGCAACACCGGCAGCGUCAAGGCUGUUAAAAUCUGCACACCAGGAAGAAGAGAAGAGGCGCCCAUGACGCCCAGACGCACGCCGGCCCGCUUCGGACUGUAAACCCCCCCUCCCCGCCGGCAGCCACGUUAACUUAAUGAGAGUCAUUGUCGUCCAGUCGCCGACCACAUCAGCAUCAGAAAACACAAAGCUCCCUCAGCAGCGUCUCUCCCUUCCCGGCUCUCGGCUGCAGUUCCUCCACCGUCCACUAGAGUGAGAACUUGUAUAAGGCACAAGAACGAGAGACAAGCCGCCAUCAGCCAUGAGCUGUUUCCAUCUCACAUAUGAAAAAAAAAUAAAAGACUGUGCUGUUUCUGUGUA